GCUCCAACUCCUCCUAAUAUAACUGAAUGGCCGCGUUGGCGUUUGAGAACUACUACUGCAACUCGGCCGUGCGAUCACAGAGGCCAGUUGUAGUAGUAGCUAUGUUGGCCUUAUUUUUUACAACAACAGUUAGAGUCGUGGACGGAGGAGCAGUCGACGAAUGUGCCCAGCAGCUAGUAGGGAUGGCGACGUGUCUGCCUUACGUUGGGGGUGAAGCCAUGGCUCCAACACCCGACUGUUGCAGUGGUCUGAAACAAGUCCUCAACAACAACAAAAAGUGCCUCUGUGUCAUCAUUCAAGAUCGCAAUGACCCUGAUUUGGGCCUACAGAUCAACGUCACUCUUGCUUUGGGCCUGCCCUCCGUCUGCCACGCCGCCGCUAAUGUCUCCAAGUGUCCAGAACUUCUACACUUGGAUCCCAAAUCACCAGAAGCUCAGGUGUUCUAUCAAUUACAGAACAACUCAACGCAAGCCGCCGCCAAUAGUCCUACCCCAACUCCAACUCCAAGUCCGGCUGAAGGUCCCCUAAGUGGCAUAAGUUCGAGCAGCUGGGCAGCUCGAGAGCGUGGUGGCAUGGUUUUGGUCGGAGAGUGGAACUCUUGUUGGGGCUUCACCUUGAUGAUAUGUGCGGUUUUGGUCAUGUUCAUCUAGAUGCUUGAAAUGGAUUGUACUCUUUUGUUUUUUGUUUUUCUAAUUAAGUAAUGGGCUGUACUCUUCUAACAGAGAAAUAAAGAUAAAAAUUAAUUAUACCA